UGUGUGUGUGUGAGUGUGUGAAGUUCUGCAAAUACAAAAAGUAAAUAAAUAAAACGUGAACUUUGAAUCUUCUUUUCCAUGACGCGUCAUCAACCCGGAAGUCGGUCAUUUUGGAGGCACUCCGCAUCACAACAAAGCACAGGCACUGAAGUAACGUUAUAUCCAGAACGUCGGCAAGGAAAAUGGUUAAUUAUUGCCGUGUUUCGGGUUGUACCAAUAGGACAGACCGAGAAAAACAUUUGAACUAUUAUCGACUUCCAAAAGUUAUUAAAAACCAGGGAGAGGAAUGCCAGAAGUUAUCAGAGGAAAGGAGGCGCUUGUGGUUGGCAAAGCUCAACCAAGAUCUACGAGGGAAAAAUCUGGACAACAUCCGGAUUUGUUCGGCACAUUUCUUAUCAGGUAAAAAGUCUGACCUUUACAAAAAGGAUGACCCAGAUUGGGUGCCAUCUGUUGGAAUGACAGGUCAGCAAGGAGGUCCACUUCAGUCAACCAAAGAAACACUACAAGCGGCACGCUACAAGCGUCGCAUAAAUCGAACCCAGAAGAGACUGAAGGUUGAAGCUCCUGCUGCUGCUGUUAAGACUGAGGAUGACCCCACCACAAGUGAUUAUGUCAGCGAUAAUUUUUGCUGCACAGGAACUCAAACUGAAUUGACUGGUGAUGUCAUUGAGGCUAUGACCGCUGAACUUCAAAGUCGUAGAAUUGAAAACAUUCAGUUUAGCUAUAAUGUUGCAAAUGUGUCCACUUCCUUUGACCAAAGUGCCUUUGUUUAUAAGGAUGAAAAGGUUCCAUUUUUCACAGGCCUACCCACAUUCAGGGAUGCAAACAGUGCGCUUUUAGGUGCCUCCCGCUUUUUUCACGUUAGUUUGGGUGACGUAUGUGAAUCGUGCAGAUCCGAAGAGUUUUUUUCAAGGGUUUCGCCGACAGUAAAACUGGAAUGCCUCCACCAAACAAGUAAAUAGGAAAUAAGCAAAUCAGACCUCUGCGCGCCGAAACAGCAGUAUGCGCGCAAGCGUGAACUACUAGUGUUUCUUCUGGUUGCGUCUCUGACGCGUUGCUUGCGAGCUACCAGUAGCUCGUGGCCUGAUGGCCGAGGUAGCUCGUCAAGGGGCCGUACACAUAUCGUGUCUUCUGCUCUCUCAAGUUCGUUAUUUCAAAUGUAGGCACGGGGCAAGCGCUCUCAUAAUUGAAGCGACGCGCUGAUUUUUUUCAGGCUCAGCGUGUUGAAAACAAAUCAACUUUUCAGAAUGCCAGAAGCACACCGCUGUUCAUGAGACAAGAACCAACCAAUCAGCUUCACCCUUUCCUUAACAACACUGAAAGCUCAGUCAACAUGAAGGAUGGAGGUGCACCUACGGGUGUUUUUCUCUUCUCCGUAAAUAAAUCUUGUAGCAGAGCUACAGCAAGUGUUUUUUUGGUGGUUGAAAUCUUAUUAGCUACUAGGCUAAAACUUUGUCGUCGUGGAGAGUGGAGUGCAUGGUUGCAUUGCAACGACAGAAGCCACGGUAAAAUCAGACCGAAUUUUACUAUUAAUGAUAGGCUAACAGAUAAGCUAACAGUAUAAAUGUCAAAGUAAUUUAUCUUUUUUUGGCUCAUUCUUUUUAUAAAAAAUGAUUUAAUGGCUGAAAUAUCUGAGGUUUAUCUUUUUGUAAAAUCUUUUUUUUUUUUGUCAACUUUAUUUGAAUUUCUUUUUACUAUAUGUGCCUAUAGAGGUGGGCCGGGGAUGGCAGGGUUUGGUGGCAAUGUAAAUAUCUGGAUAUUUGCCACGGUGCGAGGGCUUUGAUUACCGCUCUCUUUUUUGACCAUACAUGUGUUUGCAUCCAUGUACAUACCAGAUACUGUUAGUUCUCUUCACGUUCCUCAGUCCCUAACUCCUUGUGAGGAAGUCACUUGAUAAGUUUAAGUUCAUGCAUUUAGGCUUAACGUUUCCACAACCUUCCUGUCAUAUGCAUUUAACGUGUCAAUAGCGACUGCUUAAAGGAUUGUCAUUGAUGUCAUGUUUAUUCGCAUGAAGCCAUCAAAUGGCCAGAAAGAGAUCAAUUGCAAAAAAAAAAAAAAAAA